CGGUACCUGGUGCGGUGGAAAAACGCCCUAGGCUCUGCCCUCUGAGCCACACACUGCCUCCUAAAGGAGGAAUGAAAGGACACACCUAACCCAUAGAAAGGUUUAUUUGUACUAUUCUCUACAUUUUAGAACAGGGGUCGGGAACCUAUGGCUCGCGAGCCAAAUGUGGCUAUUUUGAUGGCUGCAUCUGGCUCGCAGACAAAUUUCAAGUUUUCAAUCCAUUCAUUUCCUACCGCUAAUGUUCAUGGUUGCGGGUGGCUGGAGCCAAUCACAACUGUCCUCCGGGACAACACCAAAUUUUUAUUGGAUAAGGCGUAACGUACACCGGUCGUUGUGAGGUCAGGAAGGUAACUUCCCUCCUUUUAAUCAAGUAGUCAGCUAGCUAAUUGCAGAAACCCUUUUAUCGAAGAUGGCUAAAAGAAAAAAAGAUGAGGAGUAUCGUGCUUUUCAGCAGGAAUGGAAAGAGGAAUUCGCCUUUGUGGAGAGAGCAGGUUCUGCAGCGUAAUAUUAAGACCUACCUACGAUCACGUUCAACGGAUGGAAGUCUCAACGCCUGCAUGAAGCUUAACCUCACCACGUAUCAACAAGACUACAAAGCCAUCAGCAAAACCAUGCAGCACCAGAAGUCGCAUUAAUGACAGGGCUGUAGUGACCCUGGAGCCUUUCCCAGAAAACACAGUGCAGGCACCAAAAGGUACAGUCACACGAAGUAAUGGGUGACCUUUAAAGCUCGCACCAGCAACGUGGGCUGCGGGUGCUCUGGUGAGGGCCAUGAAAGCUCAAGGCAGCACAUGUCAGCCAUCGGAAAGGCCUGCCAUCGGAGAGGUCUGCCGUCUGAAAGGCCUGCCGUCGGAGAGGUCUGCCGUCUGAAAGGCCUGCCGUCGGAGAGGUCUGCCGUCUGAAAGGCCUGCCGUCGGAGAGGUCUGCUGUCGGAAAGGCCUGCCGUCGGAGAGGUCUGCCAUCAGAAAGGCUUCAGGGUCUGCUCCCCUUGCAUUCGCACAUUGACCGGACAGGCACCUCUCUUUGAAAGUCAGCCAAGAAUCCAGGAAUUCACAGCUGAUGUCCACAUGCGCCCCAGGAUGAAGCUCAUCUUUAGGCAGGAUGGGUGACAGACCCAGACAGCACUUACAGUCAAGGAAAAGACUCUUCAAAACUUCAAAAAACAGGACAUUGUGGGUAAUAUAUAAACCAAUUUUAUAUUAGAUUCUUAAGGUCAAAACUGAUUCAACUGUGCGUAACAGGAAGUAGCAGAUAUGAAGCUUAUUAGCUAAAUCUGCUGCUGUCUGGAAUAAAAGAGACAUUGUCUCAGUAGAUACAUGAGUUUCUUUAUCUAUAGAUACCUGACUGGACGGAUUGCGACUCAUGUGUCCCCUUCACUCUGUCCCAUCCUCCAGAAUGACAACAUGGACAUUAUCCAGUGUGGCCAUUUGCUAUCAGAGCCUCUGACUGAUUGUUCCCUGGCAUCCUGGAAGCAGUGAUAAUACAAAGAGUUUGAGGACAAUCUUCUAGACUGAUUUGAGUCAGCCGGUAUCCCGGGCAGUCAAAGAACGAAGAGGAGAGAGACUGUGAUUGUGUUUUGCCUUAGAUCCACCAUGGAAGAGGAUGUCCUGAUGAAGGAAAGGCUCCAAGCCAUCACUGAUAAGAAAAGGGUUCAAGAAGAUAUCGUGAGGAGAAGACUGGAAAUUGACAAAGAGAAGUUAACGCUUCAGUACCUGAAGAAGAAAGCAGUGCGGGAGCAGUGGCUUAUGGAAGGACAGGGCGCCCCCUGUGGGCCAGGGCAGGAAGGCAGCGGGCAGCAGAUACAGGAGCAGCAGGAGCAAAUCAGGACCCAUCAGAGCAUCAUCUACAGAAUGGAGAAAGAAGUGGAGGCUUUGGAGAGACAGGAAAUGAUGAUUUCCGCCAAUGAGGAUUUUAUCCUGAGAAGGCUGAAGACAGUGGAAAAGUCUGCACAAGACGUUAUAAAGGCAGUCAAGUCUCGAAUACAAGAAGAGACUUCUGAGCAUGUUCCCUCCACAAAUGCAUCCACAUCCUACAGAUCUCCACGCCUGCAGAAACACAAUCCAGGGUCAAACGUGGACCAACCGACAAGAGCUCUGUAUGCCUUGGAAAUAAAUGUUCAGAAGGAUAAGAGGACCGGAGAGAGCGUGGUCCUAUCAAAAGCAAGCAUCCCACCACAGCGAGCUCAGCACAAUGGCGUGAAAGUCUAUGAUGACGGGAGAAGGUCGGUUUAUGCCGUGUAUCCAGAAGAGCAGGACUUCAAUAAGCUCAGUCCUGAUGAGGUGGAGCAGCUCCUGAGGACGGCCCCUAAGCAACCGUUCAGAAAUGUCCCACAAUGCCAUGGGUCGGGGACCCCAAGGUUAAGUGCCACGCAACCAAACCCUAGAAGACCAGUGGCAGACCAAGUGACAGCAAAGUCCAAUGGAGUUCAGGGGUCAAGUCCAACAAUCCCCAAGAUCACGUGCAAUGAGCAGUUUUGGGAACAUGGGUGUUCCAUGGUGCCAUCUUACAUUCCAGUUUCCUGUAGUGACGAACAAGGUGGACACUAUGGCCAGAACAUUAGGCACAGCCAAAGGUGUUCCACAAAGUCAGGAGACAAUGAAGCAAUACAAAGACCUCAUAACUCUAAGCAUGAUUCUGGGGACACCCCUACAGGGACUCCCAAGGAGCCCCCUAGGGAUUCCUCAAAUCAUAGGAAUCCACCUCUUUCAAACUCCCAGAAUUCCAGAGGCGACGAGCUGAACACCAUGUCGGACGAUCUCGACUCUUUAAAGCCAGUCACAAUGAUCUUCAUGGGUUACCAAAGCAUCUCGGACGACGUGCACGUUCCGGGCCACGAUGGAGCAAUCCGGGCUGAGCUGGUGAUCAUCGCCAGCGACGACGAUGAUGAAGGCCACCGUGGUGUGGUUUGCCACCCCAGCAGGAGCCCCGGGCCAAUACGGCACCUCCCCGCGGCCCAGGGCAGCGGCAGUGUGCCUGAACACAUUCAGGAAGCCAAGCUAAUUCCCCCCACAGCAAACAUGGCGACAGACGGGGAUGUCAUGACAGAUGCCUCCACCGCAGGUAGUAAAAAAAAUAAGAAGGAGAAAGCGCUGUGUUGCUCUCUGAUGUGACUCCACCACACUAACAUCCUCUUCUGAUCUGAUGCACUUUCAUGAUUGCUAACAUAGAUGUGCUUUUUACAAGACAUGUGAUGGACAUACUAUGACUCACCAGCUAAUCAGUUCUUCAGUCCCUGCCGGUUCUACAUGUUUCCCCUACAUAAGACGGUUCCUCAUUGACCCGAACGUAAUCCAUCCAAAAGAGCUGUUCAAUGAAUCACAUGUUGACAGUCAUUUUUCAUAUUAUUGAGCAGUACCAGGAUGUUUGUUUUUUCCGGCACCUUCCUUUGUGCAGCCGUAACAAUCUGUGACAGUCCAUCAAGGUUUUGGCCUGUAACAGGAACCAUCUGGCCAGAGACCACCUUCCAAUGGAUCUUUCCAACACCGCAUGAUGUGAUUGGUUAAACACAUCAUUGUCACACAGUCAAAGAGAGCCAUAGAAGAAUGCUUCGUGUGAUGGUGUUUUAUGGUUUUUAAUAAAUAUUGUAAGAGGAAAAUAAUAUAGCCUUAACUACAGUGGAUCUAUAUCGCAGUGAGUCAUCUCUGGUUCAACAGAGAUUGAUUCAACAGGGACCGUGACUUUUUUUAAAUGGUUGCAGUGUAUAGCACUUAAUAUCCUUCGCAACUAUAUCUAUUUAUAUAAUUAGUCAAUGAAAAGUCCAGUGCUAUUCAUGUGGAUCUUGUCCAAGAUUUCUUUUGGCAGUUUUUAUUAACCUAAUCCUGUGCCCCCCAUCCAGUUCACAGAUUUGCUCAUGUUUCCGCUAAUUCUAAAGCCCUUGAUUCACUGGCUCAGGCAUGCAGGUGGGAGCUGUGAAAGUGUGGACUGGAUGUCGGGACCGGAAGACUAAAUAGAAUCAGUUUUAAUGCUGUCGGGGAUUUAGCAGCAUUUUAUGUAGGUUAAAUCGAUGUUUGUUUUUCUGAUGUCACCGCCAUAUAAUAAUGAGAACAUAACUGCAGUUCUGUUAUACCUUAUUCAGUGGAAAAAAAGCACUGAAUGCUGACCAGCUGUGGUAAUGCCCGCGAACGCUCAAAGGACGUGGUAAUCCAAACUUUACUGCCACCUAGUGAUGAUUCACAGAUAUGCAACAAUGGCUGCAUAACCUGUUCUUGCUCUGCAUAGCCCUCAUAGGCCAGCCUGCUUUUACACUAAUCCCUUAACUAAUCGUUAUAUUAUUUACAUUAUACUUUUAUAAAUCGCUUUUGUGCUCUAAUAAUAUUUUCGUUAUGCAUUAUCCCUAAUAAUUUGCAUUCUUUAUAUUAUAUAAUUUUGACUUCUGUGGAUUAAAGUCAUUAGUUGUUUUUUUUAUCUUUCUUUUUUCUGCACUUUUCAUCGUAUUUUGAAUGACUGGGGUUGUUUUACAAUAAAUCUGUAAGACAUA